CAGCGGCCCCCGGGACCUUGGCUCCUCCUGGGUUUCCCGGAGAGGUCUGCGCAAUCGCGAGCCCACGGGGACUUCAGGGUCCAGGCUGCGAUGAGUCCUCGGGGGCCGGAGGCUCGCGGGCGCGGCCCGUCGGUGCUGUUCGUGCACCCGGACUUCGGCGUGGGCGGCGCGGAGCGGCUGGUGCUGGACGCGGCGUUGGCACUGCAGUCUCGCGGCUGCCGCGUCCAGGUGUGGACGGCGCACUAUGACCCGGGCCACUGCUUCUCGGAGAGCCGCCAGCUGCAGGUCCACUGCGCCGGUGACUGGCUGCCUCGCAGCCUGGGCUGGGGCGGGCGCGGCGCGGCGCUGUGCGCUUACCUGCGUAUGGUCUACCUGGCGCUCUACAUCCUUCUGCUGAGCGGCGAGGAGAUGGACGUGAUCGUGUGCGACCAGGUGUCUGCUUGUAUCCCAGUGUUUAGACUGGCCAGACAUCGGAAGAAGAUACUGUUUUACUGUCAUUUUCCUGAUUUACUUCUCACUCAGAGAAAUUCUUUUCUUAAACGACUCUACCGAGCCCCCAUUGAUUGGGUGGAAGAGUAUACCACUGGCAUGGCAGACUGCAUUGUGGUCAAUAGCUCCUUCACAGCAAGUGUUUUUAAGAGCACCUUCAAAUCUCUAGCACACAUCAACCCAGAUGUCCUCUACCCUUCUUUGAAUGUCAGCAGCUUUGACACUGUGGUGCCUUCAGAUCUCGAUAACUUAAUUCCCAAAGGAAAGAAGUUUGUUUUUGUUUCAAUCAACAGAUAUGAAAGGAAGAAAAAUCUGACUCUGGCUUUAGAAGCGUUACUUGAACUACGUGGGAGAGUAGAUGUUCAAGAUUGGGAAAAGAUUCAUCUAAUAAUGGCUGGCGGUUACGAUGAGCGAGUCCUGGAAAAUGUGGAGUAUUAUAAAGAACUGGAGAAUACAGCCGGCCAGUUUGACCUUAGCCGCAAUGUCACGUUCCUGAGGUCUCUUUCAGAUACACAAAAGAUCUCCCUUCUCCACAACUGUACUUGUGUGCUCUAUACACCGAGCAACGAGCAUUUCGGCAUAGUCCCUCUUGAAGCCAUGUACAUGCAGCGUCCUGUCAUUGCAGUGAAUUCAGGUGGACCUCUGGAGUCGGUUGUAGAUAACGUGACGGGGUUUUUAUGUGAACCUGACCCGACGCAGUUUUCUAAAGCAAUGGAAAAGUUUAUCAGCAAUCCUUCCUUAAAAGCUACCAUGGGGUCAGCAGGAAGAGCCAGAGUGAAGGAAAAAUUUUCACCAGAAGCUUUUACGGAUCAGCUAUACCAGUACGUAACUAAAUUGACAGAAUAAUCAUGUAGUUUUAAAACUUUUUCUGGAGACAGCCUGGUGGUACAGAGGUUUUAAGGACUGGAUUUGAAGUCAGGCAGACCCAAGUUGGAAUCCUGCCUUAUCCAGUUACUGGUUGUGUGAUCCUGAGCAACUCGUGUAACCUCUCACCCUCAGUUUCCUAAUUUGUAAAAUAGGGAUAAUAAUAUCACCUACCUCACAGGGUUCUUGAGGAGCAAAUGAAAUAACUCAUGUAAAGCACUUUGCAAACCUUAAAAUACCAUGUGAAUGGUUGUUAUUAGAUUACUGUUAGAUUGACUAAACUAGUUGACUAGGUUUCUAGACUCAGUUGUACUUCCAAAAAAAAAAUCACUGCACAGUUUAUCUGGUACAGAGUAGAUUCAUCAUAUAUUGAAAAUAACAGACUUAGGUCUUAUCCUCCUCCUCCUAUAAACAUUUUUUAAAAGGAGGAAAAAACAUAGACCAUAUCAUAUUAGUACUGUCUUUAAAAUAUUAAGACAUAAAACCUGAAAAAAAAUUCAUAACAUUUUAAUUCUGUUCUAUCUAGAUAAGUAUCAGGGUUUGUAUGCAUUUAAGCUGUACAGUCAUGUCACAUGUAUAUUAUGGUUUGACUGGAGAACUUGUUUUAAUUUUCCUUAACUGUAAUUAAACCAGUAUGUAAGAUUAAAUCUUAAGUCAUAAAAUAUCAGAACUAAUAUUUAAUAUUUCCACACUAAAAAUACUUGGUCAGCUUUACAUGGUCUGCCAUACUUAUGGGAAAAUAUGCAUUUUUUUGGACAAGAUUAAUUAUCACAUUUUAAACUGAUAUUUUUUUGUGGUGUUUUUGCUUGCCGAAAGGUGGAAGCAAAUAUGUGUGAAGAAAUAAAUAAAAUGAUAUUUGAGAA